AGGAGCUCGAUUUCUGGCACUGGCAUCGUUCAUUGGUGAAGCGUACCAGCCCGUCCGUUUUCUCGACCUCAUCCUUGUGCAGUAUGGACUCCUUGUCCAGGAUCUCGUAGCUAUUGUGUGCGACAACAUAGAGAAAAACAAGGUCAUAUCGCGCCGGAUUGGCCCACCAAUGAUUGGCUGCGCUGCACAUCGAUUUAACCUCGCCACAAUGAGUACGUGACCGAGCACGCUGGCCUCAUUGCCACGGAAGCCACUUUGAUGCGCAAGUUAAAGACAGUAAGGAUCGCUCUUUUGAAUGAGCACAGAUGCAAGCUAAACCCCGUACCCACGCACAAACUUCGCUGGAGCAGUCUUCACCGCAUGGUGAAGCGCUAUAAGCAGCUCCACCCGUACAUGUAUCUUUUUGAAAGAGAUUGCGACGUGGAUUGCGAGUUUCUCGCUAAUCUCCCAGAUAAUGACGCUGAUCGGUUCCCCAAUGUGAACUAUCUUCCUACUGCCACUAAAAACUGUCUCAGCUUGACCUUGCUUGACGACAUAGAGAGCUUGGAGCUGGCUACGAAGCGACGACAGAGUGAGGAUUUAACUGUGAUCUCCGUCCGGGAUAUAUUCGUCAAGGUGCUCGUAGAUUUUCGGAACUGAGCGGCCGCCUCAAAGGCGACACUGCGAUUGUGAAAUCGGUUCAGUUUCAAGAAGCUGCCGUGAGAAUCAUGAGCUGAUACGAACAUUCGCUGACGAGUAAGGAGCGCGUUGCUGCUAGCCGCUUGAGGAGGGAUCUAGUUGUAUCUGUUGGCCAAAAGUCCAAGAAGACCUCGCGAGCAACGAUACCUUCGAAAGUUACGGCGGCUAAGCAAAAACGGACUAACAGAACCUCCCCAGCAGCUUCAUUUGCAAAAAGGAAAUGAACACCUGCGGCAGGAAAGGCUGCUAUCCUCACGGUUGCCAAAGGCGUGUAGAAGACAAAUCGGUCUACAUAAACCUCGCUGGUUACCUGCUACGUCAAGCGAGGUUGAAAUACUCUUUUCCAUUAUCAAGUGCACACUAGGGUAUCUACGCAAGGGAGUGAGAACAGAACUCUUGAGGUGAUCCUGUAUCUUCGCAUGAAAUGGGACCUGGUCAUUAACGACAUAGUUUCUAAGGCAAUCAAGACAGCACGAGAGGAAAAUGUCGAAGAAGAGGAGGAGUGCGACAGCAACAUGUAGGAAAUCUUAUUAAUGCUUCUUCAGGAUCAUUAUUGGGCAUGAUGCCACACAAUCAAUAUUGUUUUCUAACCAAA